AUGGAGAAAGAUCAUUACACCAUGUGGGCUGAAUUGUUUGAGGUUCAUGCUCGUGCCCAUAAGGUUAUUGAUCACAUUAUUCCUCGACCCGGAAAAGAGAAGCCUACUCCCACUGAUGCUAGUUUUGAAAUGUGGACAAUUCUCGAUUCAACGGUUCUUCAAUGGAUUAAUUCCACCGUCUCUUUUGAUCUCCUUACCACCAUCAUGGAAAAGGGAUAUAUUGUCAUGGUUGCAUGGAACCGUUUAGCUGACAUCUUUGACGAUAAUCAAAACUCUUGUGUCGUUGCCCUUGAACAAGAUUUUUCGUCCACUCACAUGAACGAUUUUCCUAACAUUUCUUCCUAUGUCAACGUCUCAAGCAACUCUCUGAUCAGUUUAAGAAUGUUGGAGCACCAGUUAGUAGUUGUUUGGUCCUUCAACUGGUUUCCGGACUAUUUGAGCCGUACCGUGGGGUUGUCACCUUGA